GGUUGCCUCCCCCUUUGCCUGGCCGUCCGUCGUCUCAUCUGGCUGCCCAGGCACCCCGACGCUCGCCAUGCCACGUUCCCGGCCAUGCGCCCCCGCACUCGCCCCAUGUGUCUCGCUCAGGACAGCGCGCACAACCAGCAGCUUCCUGUUGGGGCUGCUCUGUCUCCUGGCGCUCGCGACCCUGAGCCAGGGCCAGAACUUUACCGGCCCAAACUGCUUUACGGCAAUCAACAGUUGGAGCUCUGUUCCGUCUCAAAUAGAUAUUGAUCAAGGACAAUGGAAUCCGUUCUCUAGUGGGCUGAUAAUCACCCUGACGACCCAAGCCCCCCAGUUCCACAUUUACACAAUUGGAACCAUGCUAUAUGGACAAGUUUCGUUAGAAAUCAUGGCAUCGAGCACGCCUGGAAUAUGCACGGCUCUGCGACUUGAGAACAGCCAAACUAGGGCAAGCAUCUCACUGAACGUAUUCUCAGGCGGACUCAUCCAGCAGGAGGUUCAAAUACCAGAGCUACAGGUGCAUGUCAUCUCUCCAAAUUUUACGAACCUCCUGUCAGAUACAGUAUUUUACAACUAUAACAUCAACUGGAUGCCAGGAUCGGUGUCAUUUCAAGCCAACAAUCGUUCUAUCAGUCCUCAAGCCAUAUCAAACUUGACCAUAUCAUGCAACAGCACGGCACAGUCCUCAACCACUUCCAGCGUCACUCCUACGUCGAUCGUCACUUCAACCGCUUCCGCACAACCCAAGCCAACAACGACUCCUCCGCCAGUGGUUGACCCUCCUGCCACGAGUCCCGCAGCCAUUGCUGUUCCUGUUGUUGUUGUGGUCAUCCUCGUCGCUGCUGGUGUUGGCUUCUACAAGUUCAGAACCCGCCUGGGACUCGACAAGUUUGCUGGUUUGGGCAGACAGAGCGGCUCCGGAUCGUCAGAAUCAAGAUCUGCUCAACCUCGUGCAAUCCCACCCAUCCAGAUGCUUCAGUCCAAUCCCUCAUCAACAACGGACACAUUGCAGAACAGUAUCCAAGACCGAGAAAUGACUCUGCCUGAUCGUGCCGUCCUCAGCGCAUCAUCCGAUCACCCUGCUACUCACAGAGCGGAUCAGAUUAGUCAAGCCGACAUUCCUUUGAGCACACUCGAUCCCUCCACCGGCAAUCGCCGUGGGUCCAUCGCCAAGCUGGGUCUGCCUGAUCAUUCAUUCCACGACUCACAGCCUGACGGCAAUGACCACAGUGUGCCGGCAUAUCCAGAAUCUUCACCAAAUCUCCUCUCGCGGCGCCAUUCAAGCUCAACGCUGCCCCCUCCCUACUACCAGAGCAUAACCUAUGUGCCUCCACCUGUUCCAGAGAUCACUGUCUAUGUAUCAACCUCGGAGCCAGACUCCAGCGACAAUACGAACAACCCGCCCACGACGAAUCGCGAGUCCAUGCUCUCUGGCACCACCGACUCGGUGCCUCAGAACUGACACAUGGAUCUCCUUCCUCGAGAGCUUGCAACCUCAUCAAGGAUGUGACAACAUCCACAGCAAGUA